AUCUUUUUACAGCCUAAACAAGUUUUUUUUUCUCAAUUAACACAAAUAUUUUGUUUUGUAUACGAUAUUAUUCAAAAUUGUCAAAAUGACCGACUUUAAAUAUUAAUCAGUGACUAUAUUUUAUCGUUCAAAAUAAUAAAAUACCAAUUAAUUCAUCUUUUAGCUUUGGACUUGACUCACCUUUAUUGUAAAAGCAUUAACAUGAAGAAAAACACAGUUGAUAUGCAGAUGAACGUAGCAGGUUUACGAAGAAACAUAAAAAAUCUGGCCCAUAACUAUUCGGAUGCGCAAGUUAAGGUCCGAGAGGCAACCUCUAACGAUCCAUGGGGCCCUUCCUCAACACUGAUGGCUGAAAUAGCCGACUUGACAUACAACGUAGUUGCCUUCUCGGAAAUCAUGUCAAUGGUGUGGAAACGAACAAACGAUCAUGGCAAAAACUGGCGUCAUGUCUAUAAAGCUUUGCUCUUACUUGAAUACCUUAUAAAAACUGGCUCGGAAAAGGUCGCCCAGCAAUGUAGAGAGAACAUUUAUGCCAUUCAAACAUUGAAAGAAUUCCAAUAUUUGGAGGAGGGAAAAGAUCAAGGAACACAUGUUAGAGAAAAGGCAAAACAACUUGUCGCCUUGUUGCGCGAUGAUGAAAGACUGAAAAAUGAACGUGCUCGUUCUUUGAAGGCCAAAGAACGGUUUGCUCGCUCUGCAAACGGUUUCGGCAGUGAUGGUUCAAUUGACGGACCAUCUAAUCGUGAAAUGCCUCCAGGUUGGCAAGAAGAACCUCCGCGUGUUGCUACAGACAUGGAAUUUGUACGUCCGCAAACGGUUGGUGAGGAAGAACUACAACUGCAACUGGCAAUGGCAAUGUCCCGCGAAGAAGCAGAACAAGAAGAGGCAAAAAGACGAAGUGACGAUGUGCGUCUACAGCUGGCUUUGAGCCAAAGUGAACAAGACUUUAAGAAACCUGACUCAGUUGAAAAAAAACCGAAGCAAGAUAGUAGUCACUUGAUGGACUUACUGGAUAUUUCAUUCGGUGCAGCUAGCAUUUCGCAGCCAAGUGCAGCACCAGAUGAUGCAUGGGGAUUCAAUUCUGGCGGUGCUCCAGCACCAGGUUUUGUUCCUUCCGUUUUAUCAACAGAUCCCUGGUUGCCACCCAAUAAAACCGCUUCACCUGCCUGGAACGCAAGAGCCCAAUCACCUUCAAUUACGUCUAACAGCUCGGUAGAGAAUUGGGCGGACACUAUGCGACAACCAACCAAUGGAAAUGCUAAUGUUGAUCCUUGGCUCUCAAAGCCCCCUUCUAAAGCAAAAACUUCUACCACAGAUGCCUGGCAAAUAGGUGAUUCUAUUGCACAUAAGCAAGUCGACCCUUGGGGUAUUCCAACAUCUGAUACUUCGCAUGAAUUUGGUACACGGCCGUCACCAGUCGGAGCCAUUACAUCACCAUCUAAUGAUCUAGAUGAUUUUGACAUCAUUUCUAAUCGGGCAAAAGAAUCGAGCAAUCGAUUGUCUCCUUCAAUAAAUGCACCGAAGAACAAUAACAAUGAAUUAAAUAAUUUACUUGGUUUGGAUGAUUCACCAUCUGGCACAUCGAAAAAAUCACAAACAAAAACACCACAAUCAUUCUUAGGGGAAAAUGCGGCACUUGUUAAUUUGGAUAAUUUGGUGAAGCCAGUUGUACCAUCUAACAACUCGACUCCAUUUAACCCAUUUGGAGACAUUCAGCCUACAAGAAAUAAUUUGUUCCAGCAAAAUCAGCCUCCGGUCUUAUCUAUCAAUCAAUUGAAACAACAACAACCAUUUGCUGUAGCAGUUAAUCAAGAUCCUUGGGCCCCAGUUAAUACAAAUUCAAACAAUCAGAAUGGUGAAGAGCUCUUUUUCGAGUGUUCAACCAUUGAUCAGAUUUCAGAAAAACAAACACCGUUUAAAAAUGAAAACGAGUGUGAUUAUAAUGAUGAUUCCAUAAUUAAUUUGAACAAAUAUGAAACAAAUGAAUUUUAUUAUCUUGAUAAUGCUCGUGAUUGUCAAUUAAUAACAAAGUCACAGUCAACUUCUGAUUUACACUGUUUCAAAACUUUUGAUUGUAUCAACAAUAACCCUUCACCCUGGAUGACACAACCAAAUCAAAACUCUUCAAAUCCAUUUUUGUCUUAAAAAUAUUUAAAAAAAAAAUGUAGUGUUCAUUAUGCUGUUUUGAUAAAUUGUACCAUGAAAAUCAAAUAUUUUAUUUUUGUAACCAGUAUAAGAAAAAAUUAUUGAUAAAUAUAAAAAAUAUUCAAGUUAGUGAAAGAAAAAAAGAUAAACAUAUUAAAAUAGAAAUAAACAUAUUAUUAGUUUUUAAGCUUUAAAGUGGGACUGUAUUUUGCAACUGUAGUGAGUUUGAGCUGAGCUGAAAAGGAAAAAUAAAAUUGCUGAAAACAUAAAAAUUAAAAUAAAAAACAUUUUAAGAGAGAGACCGAGAUUCGAUCAAGUACACAGAUUGAAUAAUUCAAAUGCCUUAAUUCAUACAUUUUUAUAAAUUAAAAUUACUACUUACAAUUAACAACUUACUCAAAAAAUCAUAUUGUAUUUUACAAAAACAUAAUAAAAAUAAUCAAUAUGUAAAUGGUUCUACUGUUCUUUACUACUUUCUUCAUAUACAUUUAUGAUUUUAACUGAUUGAAGAAUAACAUUAAACAUUCAAAUUAUGCAAUGUAUUUAUAUUUAUAGUAGGUAUAUAUUAUACACAUGUAUAAACUAUUUACAUAAGAUAAAU